AUGGGGUCAUGGGAGAUACCAGAUGAGUGCUACCAGCGAGCCCGGAUCGAUCUCCAGCGCGGUAUCUAUUCUAUCCACAAGGCCGAAGCCGAGAUCUCCGGGGGAGACUGGGGUGUCUUCUGGGCUGUGUUUCCAACCGUUGUCCCCGAGGAGGAACAUGACGCCUUUUUUUGUGCUGAUGUUCUCGAGCAGUUGAAUCCUAUACCAGAGCAGCACUUGCGUCUCUUCAUCGUGGUUUUAUCCGGAAGAACUCUCCGGGGGCUCAGGGUCUGUCUCUCUGUCUUUGUGGGGUUGGAAAAUAUCCUGGAAAAAUGA